AUGUCUUGUAGAAGUCCCAAAGAUUUAAUUAAAAGUAAAUGGCGAUCAAAGUCUAGUAACUCCAAAUCAGAAACUACAUUAGAAAAUUUUAGGGGGAAAACCGCACCCUUACAAACAUCAGUGGAUGAAAUCACAAGCGGAAGAGCAAAGCUGACUGAUCAAGAAAGACACAGACUUUUGGAGACAAUUCAAGUUCUUGAAGUUGAGAGGGAGAAGAAUGCUUAUCAUCUCACAGAGAAGGACAAAGAAAUAGAGCGGCUCAGAGACCAGCUGAAAGCCAAAUACAGUACAGCUGCACUGCUUGAGCAGCUAGAAGAGAAAACAAAGGAAGGCGAAAGGAAGGAACAGCUGGUGAAAUCCUUGUCUGAGGAGAUAGAUGUGCUGAAAAAACAGUUGUCUAUUGCACCUGCAGCACUUGCUGAACUUGAAACCAAACCAUGUCAUGUAUCACAGACUGAAACUAAAAUUCACUGUAUUACCUCACCAAUGAAUAAUGUUCAUGAAAUGGAAUUACAGCUGAAAGAUGCUCUAGAGAAAAAUCAGCAAUGGCUUGUGUACGAUCAGCAGCGAGAGGUCUACGUAAAAGGACUUUUAGCAAAGAUCUAUGAAUUGGAACAGAAAUUGGAAACAGCUGCUCAUUCACUCCCACAGCCUACAAAAAAGACUGUAUCAGAAGGUCAUCUUCAAGAAGAAAAGCAAAAACACGAGUACCUUCUCUUGGCAAAAGCAAAAAAAGAUCUUGAGGCUGAACGACAAACCAUAACUCAGUUGAAUUUAGAACUUCAUGAGUUUCAAAGAAAAUAUGAAGAAACCCAAAAAGAAGUCCAUGAUCUAAAUAAACUGUUGUGUUCACAAAGAAAGGCAGAUGCACAACAUCUGGAAGAUGAUAGGCAUAAAACAGAAAAAAUACAAAGGCUCGAGGAAGAGAAUGCUAUUGCGAGGAGAAAAAUUGAAGAAGAGAAGAAGAGAUCUGAAGAGCUCUUAUCUCAGAUCCAGUUUCUUUACACGUCUCUGCUAAAGCACCAAGAGGAACAAACGAGGGUAGCUCUGCUGGAACAACAGAUUCAGGCAUGUACUUUAGAUUUUGAAAAUGAAAAACUUGACCGUCAAAAUGUGCAGCAUCAAUUGCAUGUAAUUCUUAAAGAGCUUCGAAAAGCAAGAAGUCAAAUAAUACAACUGGAAUCCUUGAGGCAGCUUCCUGAAUUUGCCUUCACAGAGCCAUUAGUCACUUUCCAAGGAGAGACUGAAAACAGAGUAAAAGUUGCCUCACCAAAAAGUCCUCCAGCUGCACUGAACGAGAGCCUGGUGGAAUGUCCCAAGUGCAAUAUCCAGUAUCCAGUCACCGAACAUCGAGAUCUACUCGUCCACGUUGAAUACUGUUCACAGUAG